AUGGAGCCCGAGGAGCGGAAGAUCUCGGUGUGGAUCUGCCAGGAGGAGAAACUGAUCUCCGGGCUGUCCCGGCGGACCACCUGCUCGGACGUGGUGCGGGUGCUGCUGGAGGACAGCCACCACCGCCGGCAGCGCCCGGCGCCGCCCGAGCCCGGCGGCGGGAUGCUGUCGGGGCCGCCGCACUCCUACUGCAUCGUGGAGAAGUGGCGCGGCUUCGAGCGGAUCCUGCCCAACAAGACGAAGAUCCUGCGACUCUGGGUGGCGUGGGGGGACGAGCAGGAGAACGUGCGCUUCGUGCUGGUGCGCAGCGAGGCCUCCCUGCCCAACGCGGGUCCGCGCAGUGCCGAGGCGCGUGUGGUGCUGAGCAAGGAGCGCCCCGGCCGCGGCCUGGGGGCCGCCCGCGCCAGCCUGGCACUCACGCAGGAGCGGCAGCGCCGGGUGGUGCGGAAAGCCUUCCGCAAGCUGGCCAAGAUCAACAAGAAGCGGCAACAGCCGCUGGCCCGGGAAGCCUCGUCGGCGGAGAGGAUGGAGACGCUGGUGCACCUGGUGCUCUCGCAGGACCACACCAUCCGUCAGCAGAUCCAGCGGCUCCGCGAGCUGGACCGGGAGAUCGACAGGUACGAGGCUAAGAUCCACCUGGACCGCAUGAAGCGGCACGGCGUCAACUACGUGCAGGACACCUACCUGGUGGGCGCCGGGGAGCCGGAGCCGGGCCAGCCCCCCGCCAGCCGCCCCGAGGAGGACUAUGCCAGGAAGUGCGAGGAGGUGCUGCAGCUGCAGGAGCAGCGGGCGCAGCAGGAGGAGCUGCUGGAGCACCUGGCCGCCGAGAUCCAGGAGGAGCUCAACGAGCGCUGGAUGAAGCGGCGGCGGGAGGAGCUGGAGCUGGCGGCGGGACCCGGCCUGGCCGACACGGACUGUGACACCACGGAGCUGAGCGGCGGCGGCGGCGAGGGCGAGCUGCACCUGGAACACGAGCGGGUCAAGACCCAGCUGAGCACCAGCCUCUACAUCGGCCUCAAGCUAAGCACGGACCUGGAGGCCGUCAAGACCGACCUGGACUGCACGCAGCGGGCGUGGGAGGACAAGGAGCGGGAGCUGCAGCUCCUGCUGGAGACGCUGGGCACCCUGGACGUGGCGGAGGCGCCGGCGGAGCCCCGAGGGGCGGCGGGCGGGGGGCGGCCGGCGGCGGCCCCGGGGGGCGGCUGGGUGGAGCUGCGCAAGGACCGCGCCGACAACGACGAGGAUUCGGACACGGGGCUGAGCUCCAUGCACAGCCAGGACUCGGACUCAGUGCCCGUCUGCGAGUCCCUCGUGUAGCGCCCGCCCGGCCGCGGCCUCGCCGGGCAGCGCGGCACAAGCGGAGCGGAGCUGCCGGGCA